UUAACACGGUUUAGAAGUCAUUGGUGUUGGUGUCGGGUCGAGUGUCUGUUCGACGCUUCUGCACUCGAAAAACCAACCCAACUGCACACAUGCGCUGCGCGCAGCUUUAACACCUCGCUUUGUCACUUUUGCUGAAUAGCUCAGUUCGGUUUCAGUAAGUAGCGCGGGUGCAUGUCGACGCUUUCAUUCGACCUUCACGCAUCGCAUGUUGCAUUAGAUAAACAGUCGUAAAAACAGUUUUACCCGUAAAUUUCACACAGUCAACGUUGGCAAAUUUAGAAAAGCAAUCAAUUUGUUUGGAUUUGUGUGAUUUGCGGUUUGUUAACGUUUCGUUUGCUUGCUUUUAUGUGGUUAGGAUGCGGGUGGUGCUAUUUGGGCGGAGAGUGCGAGCGGCGAAGAUGAAAAUCGCAGCCGUUGCGGUGUGCUGAUCGCGGAAGGAGGUACCGCAUUCCAUAUCAAGAGUUCGUCCCAGUCCCAGUCCACACAAUGUGCGUGUCUUAUCUUCUGCUCAUUAUCGCCGGGAUCGCUUUGGCCAGGAACGAUCUUAAAAACGAUGCGAGGAAUAAUGGCGAUCUUGCGCUUUGGAUCGACGAGAAUCAGGUCAGGAUGUUUAGUGGAAAAGUAAUGGAUGUCUAUGCGAUUUUCAACGGAAAUGUGUUGCCAUACAUCCUGGACCCUAAUUUUGAUAAGCAGAUGCCAGUAAUACCCGCUGAAGUGGGCUACGUGAAUUUCACUUGGAAAGCCGGGCUGAAAAAGUAUUAUUAUCACUUUGACCGCCUGCAGUCGUACGAUGAGGACAUUUUGGAAGCUCCAGUUAUAUCUAUCAAGAUCCGUGGUAGGGUACCACGUCGCCCGAAAGAAUUUAGUAUACUUUUACCUUGUAUUGGUAAUAGUUCCGGUAUAGCCACAUUUAGUAUAGGUCUAUUGAUUGAAAGUAGAAAAGGUCGUCCGUUAAAUGGCACUCCUCUGCGGUUAAACCUCAGGAAGGAGUGUUCCCAACGCGGACCCGAUCCGGAAUGCGACAAAACCUGCGCCAAUCGUGGUUGGUGUAAUCAUGAGAAGAUUUGUCAGUGUCCCGAGGGUUAUAUGGGCCAACAUUGUCGCACGGCGCUGUGUUAUCCGCAAUGUCUCAAUGGAGGUAAUUGUACCUCACCUGGUGUGUGUAGUUGUCCACCAGGCUUCCAAGGUAGACACUGCGAAGGUGGGAUUUGUGGAGAAAAGUGCCUCAAUGGCGGUAAAUGCGUCCAAAAAGACACAUGUGAAUGUCCCAAGGGUUUCUACGGCUUACACUGUGAAUAUUCGAAGUGUAUUAUUGCUUGCCACAAUGGCGGAAAGUGUCGUGGUGUUAACAAGUGUAAAUGCCCCGAGGGUUUCGGUGGGGAUCAUUGCGAAAUAGGCAGGGCAAUGGCGCACAGAAGUGUUUGUGAUCUGGCGUGUAAACACGGCACGUGUGUGGAUCACGCGUGUAUAUGUGAGCCAGGCUGGUACGGAAGGUUGUGCAAUCACAUGAGCAUGAAGUAGUGCUUCCUUUUAAUGCAUUUUAAUUGCUUUACACUUACAUAUAUACAUAAAACUGUGUUUGAAAUUCGAGUCAAUGUUGAUAGAUCAUUGCGACAAUAUAUACGAAUAAAAAUCUACUCGUGCAUUCAAUUUCUCUACGAGCGUCGUAAACUUUGUACCGUGCAACAAAAAGCAAAAGGCAUUUGAUUAAUGUCAGCGAAUGUAAAUAUUUGUUUGGUUGGAGACUUGCAAAUUAUUUAGCAAAAACAUAUUUUUAUAUUUCUAUCAUUAAUAUUUUAAUAAAUUAUACAUUUAUUGCCUGUUUUAAAUAAAAAAAUUAAAAUUUAAA